AUGGCCAUCUCAUCCCUACGGUUUCGACUCUGCCCAUGGAUAGCAAAAACAACACCAACCCUCCUCUUCCCAGCUGCCAAUAUACCUCUAAGACUACACUGCUCUUCCCCUUCAUUGCAGCCCACCACCACCACCACAGCCCAAACCUCAGCGCCAGACCCUCCUAACCCUUCCCUUAACCUCACCAGCGACAAAUGGGAAUCUUUCCGCAAGAAGAAAGUCGUAAUGCGCGUCGGCUACGUCGGUACAGACUACAGAGGACUACAAUUGCAAAGAGAUGAGCACUCUCUUUCCAGAGCUUUGAUCCUAGAAGGGAAUGUAACAUCCGCAAGUGAAAUCGAUAACCAUUUAUCAGAUUUCAACAAUAUAUUGAAUUCUUUUGAGGGAGAACAUCCAUUCCAUAACUAUACUGUACGAUCCAAGUAUAGGAAACAGUUUCCUGCAAAGCAAUCUCAUGGAAAUGGCCGUGUGUCUAAAAAAGAAAGGUCAUCUAGUAUGGCAACAUACUCUGAGUAUGGGGAAAGUGAUGGAGAAGAAACUACAGGAGCUAAUGAAGGAGUUGCAACCAAUGUUCAGGGAAAGGGCUGUAAUUUGUCAGAGUCCAUUACUUCUGAUGACCAUCGAGUGGGCACUUGUGAUGAGCAAGGGAAUGUUUUAAAUAGUCAAACUCCCCCGCUAGCCAUUCGUGCAAGAUGGCUAUAUGAACCUGAUGAGACAGAUAGACUAAGUGCCUCUCAUUUCAGGAAGAUUUUUGGCUGUUCUUGUGGAAAGUUGGAGCGUUUGCUUGCAAUGAAUUAUGUAGAGAUCUCCAUAUGCGGAGAAUCAUUCAUGUUGCAUCAAAUCCGUAAAAUGGUAGGGACCGCUGUGGCAGUAAAACGUAAAUUGCUUCCAAGAGAUAUAUUGAAGUUGUCGCUGAACAAGUUCUCACGCAUUGUUCUACCCCUUGCUCCAUCUGAAGUUUUGAUUUUGAGGGGGAACAAUUUUGUGUUGAGAAAUCAACCUGGCAAUGUUGUGAGGCCUGAGAUGCUAACGUUAAUGGAAUCAGUAGAAAUUCUUGACGUUGUAGAUGAGUUCUACAAUUCUGUAAUGUUGCCUCAAGUUUCUAAAUUCUUGGACCCUACAAAAUCUCCUUGGAAGGACUGGGUUGAAAAAUUGGACACAAACACCAGCAUUCCAGAGGCACAACUGGAUGAGGUACGGAAUGCUUGGAAACUGUGGAAGGAGGACUUUCAGAGUAGAACCAAGGCUGCAUCACCAUUGUUUUAA